AUGGCUAAUCGGACGGUCAAAGAUGCCCAUACCCUUCAUGGCACAAACCCACAAUAUUUGAUUGAAAAAAUUAUAAGAAGUCGCAUAUAUGAGUGCCAAUUUUGGAAAGAACACUGCUUUGCACUUACAUCUGAGCUUCUCGUUGAUAAAGCGGUGGAACUUAAGUAUGUGGGAGGCACUUACAGUGGUUUAAAUAAACCAACUCCCUUCCUAUGUCUUGUGUUGAAAAUGUUGCAGAUACAGCCUGAUAAAGACAUUGUUAUUGAAUUUAUCAAGCAGGAGGAUUACAAGUACGCCAGGGCUCUGGGUGCUUUCUAUUUGCGUCUUGUUGGGGAGUCUGUGGAGAUCUACAAGUAUUUAGAAGCUCUGUACAACGACUUUCGCAAAUUAAAGCAACAGGACACCGCUGGCAAGUUCUCAAUUAUUCGCAUGGAUGAGUUUAUUGACCAGCUACUUAAUGAAGAGCGCGUUUGUGAUGUUAUUCUUCCGCGUCUACAAAAGCGAUCAGUUCUAGAAGAUAACAAUACCCUUGAACCUCGACAGUCUCUACUUGAUGAGGACUUAGAAGACAUUAACAUUACAGAAGAACUAGAGGCCUCUCAAGAAGCCGAACUGGAUGAGAAGGACCGCAAGGAUCGUAAACGAGAUAAGCAUCGUGACCAUGACGAUGAUGAUGAAGGUAGACGUCAUCGCCGGCAUCGAGAUCGCCACCGCGAAGACUCCCCCUAUCGGGAUCGUUAUGACCGGGAUUACGACCACGAAAGACGACGUGAUCGAGAAGACAGAGACAAGAGAGAAAGGCGAAGGUAUUUUCCACUAUUUUACUGCAAAUAG